UUGUAUCUAUUGAUACAUAAAUAAACCCUAGUUUCUUGCGCUCUAAGAUCUCUGAGGAUUCGAAACUCAUUGGGAACCUGUAAAUACUGAGAAACCCAUUCGUAAUCAUCAUCACUAAAUAUUCGUAUUAACGGCUAGAAGGUUACGUUUUUGUACUGUGUAAAAAACGUAUCAGAUGUCUCUAAAAGAGCAACUAGAUAACUUCAAGAAGCAGCAAGUAAAAUGCCAAACCACGCUUUCAAACAUUGCUUCUUCAAGACCGGGGCCUUCUUCUUCUUCUUCUUCUUUCUUGAGGCGGCCCGUGCCUGCAGCGGCUAUAAGUCACAGUAAGCCUUGUGCUCCUGUCAAGUUUUCAAGCGAUACAGAGCGGCUUCAGCUUAUCAACAGUGUGAGAAAAGCUCCUGUUGGAGCUCAAAUCAAGCGUGUCAUCAGUCUUCUCCUUGAGACAAGGCAAGCCUUUACUCCAGAGCAGAUAAAUGAGAGGUGUUACGUUGAUAUGCAUGCGAAUAAGGCUGUUUUUGACAGUAUGAGAAAGAACCCAAAAGCUCACUACGACGGAAGAAGAUUCUCUUACAAGGCUGAGCACAAUGUAAAUGACAAGAGCGAGCUUCUUUCCUUGAUAAACAAACAUCCUGAUGGUAUUGCGUCUAGUGAACUCAAAGACGCUUACCCUAACGUCAUGGAGGAUUUGCAGGCCUUGAAAGCUUCGGAAGACAUCUGGUUGCUAUCAAACUCACAAGAGGACGUUGCGUAUCCAAAUGAUUUCAAGUGCGAGAUUACGGUUGACGACGACUUCAAAGCUCUGUUCCGAGACACAGAGGUCCCGAGCGACUUCUUGGAAGUGGAGAAGGAGUUGAAGAAGCACGGUUUGAAGCCGGUGACAGACACUGCAGCGAGGAGAGCUGGUGAACAGAAGUACGGGAUAGUGAUGAGUAAACCGAAGCAUAAGAAGAAGAGGAGACAAGAGAUCACCAAGAGAACCAAACUCACCAAUGCACAUCUUCCUGAGCUCUUCCAGAGCCUUAGCGCCAGCACUUCCCGUAACUGAAAAACCUCAUUAGUGGAUUAUGGAUAUGAUUAUGUGAUUAAAUAUUCAAACUGAGCUCCUCCGAGUUUUUUUAAUUUUACUCAUGAACUAUAUUAACAGUGGAGAACAAACACAAAUUGUAUAUGCUAUGAUCUUGAUUUCACAAAAUAGAGAAGAUAUAUUAUCUCA